UGAGCCAACACAUGUGUCUCAGACGGCCGGCGUCAGCAGCUGAAGGCCACAGUGAAGGUUCUACAGAAGGAGUUUUGUUCAUGUAGAGUAAACCUUUACAGAGGAGCCUAGAGAGUGUAGCUGUGGUGUGAACAUUGUACAGUUGUUCACAUAUUGUUUAAGGCUGUACAGGAUGUGGUGGAGCGUGGUGGUGGUGGUGUUGGUGAUCUGUCCUGCUGUACGUGGUGAUGUGACCGACUGUGAUCAAAACACCUGUACUAAUUGUAUCCAGACACCUGCCUGUAUAUGGUGUAGCAAGGAGAACUUCACAAAACAGAGGUGUGUAAACAGAGCCACGGCAGAUAGAGGCAACUUUUACGAGGAGUGUGAGGAACGAUUUGUCCACGACCCGGUGCGUUACCAGAAAGUCCUGGAAGAUAAGGAGUUUUCUAAGGAGACUACAGAUGACCCAAGUGCCUCAAUCAUCCAGAUCAAACCGCAAAAAGUGUUGCUUGAGAUGAGAGUAGGAGAUACGGGGACAAUAAAGUUGAAAUACAAACACUUGAGGAAUUACCCAAUCGACUUAUACUACUUAAUGGAUGGUUCUGAGUCUAUGAGAGAUGACAAGGACAAUGUAGCGAACUUGGCCAAGAAAUUAUUGAACCGAAUGAGGAAAAUUACCAAAAACUUCAGACUUGGCUUUGGGCAAUUUGUCGACAAGCCAAUUCUUCCUUAUGUAAACACCUACCCAUUCGACUCUAAUUAUUAUGAGAGCAAGAAUCAGGUGCCUCCUUAUAGCUACAAACAUAUCCUGUCGCUCACACAUGAUGGUAAAGAAUUUGAGAAAGUUGUGCGUGAAUUUAAGACCGCUUCCAACUUCGACUCCCCAGAGAGCAGUUUUGAUGGGUUGAUGCAGGUAAUAGUAUGUGAAGACAAGAUUCACUGGAGGGAUCAAAGUCUUCAUCUCAUUCUAGUUCUACAGAUGGCUUCCACAUAGCUGGUGAUGGCAAGGUACAAUACAUAU